AUUUAAGUUUCUUUAAUUGUUUUCGAAUUUACAAAAUUUCUUUCCAAUAACUGCAAUUUACAUAAUUGGAGUAAAUUACUUUGUUGCACCAUAUCCUUGAUAUUGGAAUCUGAAUUUGUUAGGUUGGUUGUAGAAAAAAACUUACUAGUUAUUACUGUGUGUUUUAACACCUACUAAAAGUGGAAAAUACAUCCAAAUUACAAACAGUAAACAGUUAAGAGUUCGAUUCUUCCAAUUGCCGCGCGUUAACUUCCUCAUUCGCUCUCUUUCAUUUCAAAUCCCAAAACUCUGAAAACCCCAAUAACCGCAAUUCACACCGAAAACACACACAGAAACGAAGAAGCACCAUAGAAAAAAUGGGGAGAAAAAAGAAGCAGCAACAGAAACAACCAGAAGAAAACACCACCGCCGGAGGGGAAAAUCAACAAGAUCUGUUCAAAACCUUUCGAUACUUCACGCGCAGAGAGAAUUGGGACGAAUUUUUCACCACGAGAGGCGGCGGCGAUUAUUUCGAAUGGUACGCCGAGUGGCCGCAACUCCAGAGCUUAAUUACGACCCAGCUCUUAUCGCCGUCGUCGUUUCUGCCGGAAAUCGCCGGAGAGGCGCCGCCGGCCGUACAAGCGGCGGAGUUGGCUAUUUUGGUGCCGGGAUGCGGGAAUUCGAAGCUGUCGGAGCAUUUGUAUGAUGCUGGGUUUACGGAUAUAACGAACGUGGAUUUCUCGAAGGUGGUGAUUGCUGAUAUGCUGAGGAGGAAUGUGAGAGAACGGCCGACGAUGAAGUGGCGUGUUAUGGAUAUGGCUAGAAUUGAGUUUGGAGAUAAGACCUUGGAUGCCAUUGUCGACAAGGGAGGAUUGGAUGCAUUAAUGGUGCCUGACCCUGGCUAUGAAUUAGGGCGUCUGUAUUUAUCUGAGGUAAAAAGGCUUUUAAAAGAUGGCGGAAAAUAUAUUUGUCUCACCUUAGCAGAAUCCCGUGUGUCAGCUCUUCUUUUCUCUAUGUUCCGGUUUGGAUGGAAAACGAGUCUUUAUACCAUUCCUAAGGAACCAUCCUCUAAAAACCUAGAACCGCAGACCUUUAUGGUGGUUGUUGAGAAAGAUACUUGUGCUUCUGUUUAUGAGAUAUCAGCAGUGGAUAAAUACUCUGUUGAAUCUCAUGGUAAUCAGGCUCGUGAACUCUACGAAGCACUUGAAAGAGAGCAAAAGGUUCGUUCAGAGUGCUCCAGUGGCAGUAAUAAAUUAUACUCGAUUAAAGAACUGAGUCUUGGGGCGAAAGGAAACCUUAAAGAGUUUGAACCAGAUCGCAUGAUAAAGCUUAUUUUAGGUGAACCUGGAGUAUUCCAUUUUUACAUUGGUGUACUUGUUGAUGCUCAGCAAGAUUCAGGAUCAAAUUUCUCAGAUUACUUUGCUGUAUAUCUCGUUCCAAAUAUACUAGUUGAUGUCUGGCUGUUCUCAUCAGAAGAAGGACAAAAGAUCAUUCUCGCAGACUCGGACACUGCUAGAUUACUGAUUAUUUUUCUGAACUACAGCAAUUCUGGUGCUUCUAUGGACUAUAUCCAGUCUGAUCUCACUCCUUUAGUCAAGCAAUUGGCUCCAAGACUCUGUGAUGAUACAUAUGAAAUUCCGUUUAUGACUUCAAGUGAAGGAAUUGACCAGCGAGUAGUUGUACACGAGGUCACAUCUGCCUUGACGGGGACAAUUGUCGUAGAGGAUGUGACCUAUCAUGACCGUGAUGAAAAUCGCGAAUUAGAAGAUAUGGUUUUCCGCCGCCUUUCUUUCCACAGAUCCCCAAGUGUGGUCCAAUCAGAAGCUCUUUUAACAGAAGUGCAGACACCUUCAAAAACCAUGAACAAAGGAAAGCAGAAGAAAUCUGGAAGUAAGAGCCACAAAGCAUCAAGUAAUGAACGGAAAGUUGAUCACAACGUUUUGGCACGUAUGAACAACAAUGCGUUAAUUACUGGAUUGAUGUUGAUUUCUACCCAUCUCAAAGGAUUUAGCUGCACUCGGCCCAUGGUGGAAACAGUGGUUAUCGGUCUUGGAGCAGGAAUGCUUGCUAUGUUUAUGAAGAAUUGGAUACCUAAUCUAAACAUUGAGGUUAUCAAGAUAGAUCAGGUUGUUGUGGAUGUUGCUAAGGAACAUUUCGGUUUUAAAGAAGAUGAACGAUUACGGGUACGUAUAGCUGAUGGAAUUGAGUUUGUCAGGGAGAAAGCAGAUUGUGAGGCAGCUCGGAAACUUGACAUACUUAUAGUUGAUGCGGACUCACCAUACAAAAGUUCUCCUUUGUCAUGUCCUUCAGAAGAUUUUGUUGAGGAAUCUUUUCUUCAGAACUCGAAAAACUCCCUUUCCGAGGAAGGCUUAUUCGUCAUUAAUGUGGUUUCAAGGUCCUCACCUACCAAAGUUGCAGUACGUUCGAGUUUAAAGAAGGUAUUUGGCAAAGGCGUGCUCUACCUCCAGCUUGACGAUGAUGAUGAUGAAGUAAUGUUUGCCCUGAAGAACGACUCUCCGAUAACAGAGGAUGAUCUUUCUAAAGCUUGUGAUAAACUUGAAAGAUCAUUAGAGCUGGUCAACCACAACUGGACCCAAAGUGUGAUAACGGCCUCAAAAUCGAUUCGGCCACUAAGAUGAUCAAGAGAUCAAGUUUUGUUACUCGAAUAGUCAAAUUAGUAUUGAUUCGUAUAUUGUGUUUGCGUGUGCAGCUUGUGAACAUUUCUCUGUAUAGGGAUGUGAUCGAUUUAUUCGUGGCAUUAUUGACAUAUGAUAAAUUUGCAGCUUCA